AUGGAAUUAGUGGCUUCACUGUUGGGUUCAGUGGUAGCAGACGCUGGCAAACAUCUAUGUGGUUGCAUAUGUUCUAAAGCUAGUAAUUCUCUCAGAUUUCAAGCAGGUUUCAAUGAUCUGGAAGAAGAGAUGAAGCUUUUAAUAGAUCUGAGAAGCAAAGUGGAGAAUGAGUCAGCUUGGACCCCCCAAGUAAGUGAGUGGCUCAAGGAGGUUGAAGAACUGGAGUGUGAAGUGAAUUCUAUGCAAGAAGGUAUAGCAGCCAGCAACGAGAGAUCCGGCAGAGGUUUCUUAAAUUGCAGCCUGCAUAACAAAGAACUGGUACAAAGGCUGAAGAAGGUGCAAAGACUUCGCAAAGUGGGCACCAGCAUCAGCAUGGUGGCUGCUCAUCGUCUAGCCAGAAGAGUGGAGCAUAUUCCAGGGCCAUCAAUUGAGUGUCAAGCAACAGCAACACAAAAUUUAGCUAAAAUCAUGAGUCUUCUGAAUGAUGAUGGAGUUGGGAGAAUCGGUGUUUGGGGCAUGGGCGGAGUAGGCAAAACUACUCUGGUAAAGAACCUGAACAACAAGCUCCGGGAUGCUUCUUCAACACAAUCUUUUGGCAUUGUGAUAUGGAUUACAGUAUCCAAGGAAAUGGACUUGAAAAGAAUCCAAGUACAAAUUGCUCAGAGAUUGAAUAUGGCUGUGGAUAUGGAUGAAACCACUGAGAGGAUGGCUAUUAAAUUGUUUCACAGACUGAAGAAGGAAAAUAAGUUUCUCCUCAUUUUUGAUGACGUGUGGAAGGGAAUUCAUUUAGACUCCUUGGGUGUGCCCCAGCCUGAAGAUCAUGUGGGUUGCAAGAUCGUAUUAACGACUCGAUCUUUGGAUGUUUGUAGGGUGAUGAGGACUGAUGUGGAUGUCAGAGUGGAUGUUCUAAAUGACAGUGAAGCUUGGAAUUUGUUUUGUCAAAACGUGGGGGAUGUAGCCUCCUUACAACAUAUUAAACCAUUAGCAGAGGCAGUUGCUAAAGAAUGUGGAGGAUUGCCCUUGGCGAUAAUCGUCAUGGGGACGUCUAUGAGGGGAAAGACAAUGGUGGAGCUUUGGGAGGAUGCCUUGAAUGAGCUGCAACAAUCACUGCCCUGUAAUAUCCAAGGGAUAGAGGAUGAGGUCUAUAAGCCCUUAAAGUGGAGCUAUGAUUUAUUACAAGGUAAGAAUAUCAAGUCAUGCUUCCUGUAUUGUUCUUUAUUUCCUGAGGAUUUCUCCAUUGAAAUAAGUGAACUAGUACAAUGCUGGCUGGCCGAAGGUCUCUUAGAUUCACAGCAAAACUAUAGGGAUGCACAGAAUAGGGCACUUGCUUUGAUUGAAAAUCUAAAGAACUGUUGCUUGUUGGAACCUGGUGACUCUACUGGCACUGUGAAAAUGCAUGAUGUAGUCCGCGAUGUUGCCAUAUGGAUUUCUUCCUCUCUGAGCGAUGGAUGUAAAUUCCUAGUUCGAUCAGGGAUUAGAUUGACUGAGAUUCCCAUGGUUGAAUUGUCAAAUUCUCUCAAGAGAGUUUCAUUCAUGAAUAAUGUGAUAACAGAGCUACCAGCUGGUGGGAUAGAGUGCCUAGAGGCAUCAACUUUAUUUCUACAAGGUAAUCAGACCCUUGUGAUGAUUCCUGAGGGAUUCCUGGUUGGAUUUCAACAACUGAGAGUUUUGAAUCUGUGUGGAACUCAGAUCCAGAGAUUGCCUUCUUCCCUUCUCCAUCUUAGUGAGCUACGCGCUCUCCUCUUAAAGGAUUGCACUUGUCUUGAAGAAUUGCCUCCACUAGGGGGGCUUAGUCAACUGCAGUUGCUCGACUGUGAUUCCACUGCUAUCAAGGAAUUGCCUCAAGGGAUGGAGCAAUUGAGCAACUUGAGGGAGCUGAACCUGUCACGCACUAAGCAGUUGAAAACAUUUCGAGCUGGAGUAGUAUCUAGGCUGCCUGCUUUAGAGGUUCUCAACAUGACAGAUACCGAAUACAAAUGGGGAGUGAUGGGAAAUGUAGAAGAGGGAGAAGCAUCUUUUGAUGAGCUAGGAAGUCUCAGGCAAUUAACAUACUUAUACAUUAACUUGAAAGGCAUUUCACCCCCAACCUUCGAGUAUGACACGUGGAUAAGCAGAUUGAAAAGCUUCAAAAUCCUUGUGGGCUCAACUACUCAUUUCAUAUUCCAAGAACGAGAGUUCAAGAAAACACAUGUGAUCAUCUGUGAUGUUGAUCUCUCAGAACAAUGUAUUGGGUGGUUGUUGACGAAUUCAAGCUCCUUACUUUUGGGUUUCUGCAGUGGACAGAAGCAGAUGCUUGAAAACUUAGCCUUAAAUAAUGUUUCCUUUGCUUGUUUGACAAAGCUUACUAUUACCAAUUCUGACUGCUGCUUAAGGCCAGAGAACGGUUCUGUUGCCCAAAAUAACCUACUCCCAAGUCUGGAGGAGCUUUAUCUUCGUCAUCUCACACAUCUAGAGAACGUCUCGGACUUAGUUUCUCAUCUGGGACUAAGACUAUCAAAGCUAAGAGUAAUGGAGGUGCUGUCUUGUCCCAGAUUAAAGUAUCUUCUAUCAUUUGAUGGUGUGGUUGAUAUAACCUUAGAAAACCUGGAAGAUAUCAGAUUAAGUGACUGUGUUGAUCUGGGUGAUCUCUUUGUAUACGAUUCAGGGCAGCUGAACUCAGUUCAAGGACCUGUUGUUCCAAACCUACAGAGAAUAUACUUGCGUAAACUUCCCACAUUGAAGGCUUUAAGCAAAGAAGAGGAGUCAUGGCCGAGCAUAGAGGAACUUACAGUGAAUGACUGUGAUCAUCUCAAAAGGCUGCCCCUGAAUCGCCAAAGUGUAAAUAUCAUAAAGAAAAUAAGAGGAGAACUGGAGUGGUGGAGGCGAUUGGAGUGGGGUGAUGAGGAAAUGAGGUCAAGUCUGCAGCCUUUUUUCCUCGAAUGUACUUUCGGAAAACAAACACCAAGAUAG